AUGCCUACUUGUUCUUUUACCUAUUUAUAUUACCCUGUCUCUGAUGCUGGUGUUGAUUUAACUUACCCAAUACAAUGUUCUGAAUUGAGAAUAAACGAUUAUGUCGUCAUCAAGGAAAGACCAUGUCAAAUUGUCGAUAUAUCUAAAGCAGAUGAGGACAAUGUCCAUUUGGUUGGCACUGAUAUCUUUACUGUUCCAAAUGUUAUGAAAAGAGAAUAUCAAUUAGUUGAUAUUGAAGAUGAUCUCUUAUCUUUAAUGACCGCUGAUGGUAGCACCAAAGAUGGUAUCCAAGUUCCAUUAGGUGAUUUGAGUGAGGAUAUGCGAUUUGGUAAAACUUUAUUAGUUACCAUUAUGUCUGCUAUGGGUGAAGAAGCUGCCGUUUCUUGUAAUCCUGCUCCUCGAUCUGAUUCAAACGGUGUUGAAUAG